AUGCACCCACUCGCGCUUCUUAUCAUCAUUGCCUCCACGACUGCCAAAGUUAAAGCUAUCUGCUACACAUCUGGCGAUGACUGGGGCAGUGACCAAGGCCAAGCUAAUGCAGCCCUCGAGGAAGUUUGCUCACAUCUUGCCAACUCGGAUUACAAGCAUCUCGAAGAGAGAUACUUCUGCGUCAACGCUGACAGCGGCAAUAAGAAGCUAGAGUUCUGGAUCAAGUGUCAUUCAAUGGGGGGUAAAUUUGUGGAUGUACCUCUUUGUGUACAGAGCCUCGGUGACGAGAUCAAUGGCUGUUCACUGGGGGGCGCAUCAAUGUGGAUGUCCCUCUUUUUCAGGUGCGUAUUCGUCUGA